AUGGCCAGUUUUUUCCACAAUAAGUACUCCCAUAGCUCCAGCAGCCAUUUGCAUUCAUCUGAUCAUUUAGUUACACCUGGAAGAUCAAAGUCUUUCCUUGAUUUGCUCAGUGAUAAGGAGUUUGUUAAUAGUCCAUUCCAGACAUCUGUGAAUGACUCAGCAAUUAGAGACAAGGUAAACAUGGCUAUCAGCAGACUAGAAGAGGAUUCCAGUGCUGAACAUACCUUACAGAAUAGGUAUUCUCAAUUUAAUGAACAGCCUAGUGAUUCUGGUGUAAGUGGCCAAGCAGUAUUUACAGAUGUUAUGAGCAAGAGGAGUAGAAUCACCUCACAGCAAGGAAGGUCAUGUCAAAGGGACACAAGAGAUGUUGAUAAUGUGGCAAGAGCUCAAACUGUUGAUAGGGGAGAAGAGAUUCACAUCUCUUUUGAAACUAAUAGUGAUGAUGAAAUAGAUGUUGUGAUGGAAGAUUCAGAAGGUGCAGGGGAUGAACACAAAAAUGCGAGAAAGAAAAGUUCAGAAAAGACAUUCAACAAUGCUACAGUGUCAAAUUCGGGGCUAUCAGGUAUGCAUGUACCAGCAGAAAAUGGGGUCAAGGACAAAGGAGAUAUUUCAAGUGACACUUAUUAUUCUGUAGUGGAUGAGAUCAUUCCUGGGACACCUGAAGGUAGUACUGUACUCUUUCUUUUGUUCGGUUAAUUUUUUGAACCUAAGUGCUGCAGUGCAUUUGAUCCUGUGAUGUGAUCACCUGGGCAUGGUCUGUCUGGGUAAAGAUUGCUUUUGUUGGCAGGGCCUGGCAUUUUGAUAACCUUAUUGGAAGUUGCCACCAUCACACUUGGCCCUGAUGAUGGAUUUGACAUCUGUAAUCAUCAAAACAUCAGUCACUGUCAUGUGUUAGAGUGCUUGUUUAAUACUACAAAUGUACCUUUACCUUGACAAUCACAGUACAUGAUCAACAUUUUUCUUCAAUGUUUUAAAUGUCUUUGAUGAAAAGGAAGAUGGUCUCAUAGAGGAAGGCCAGAAGUUAAUUUAUUAAAUUAUCUUUUAAAAUAAAUUAUUGAAAAAAGUUUUAAAAAAAUCAUUUCAAACUACAUUUAAUGAAUAGCUAAUAAUAGCAGGCUUUUCAUGCAAGAUUGGGCCAAAACUUUUCUUUUUCUGUCUGUUAAAUUUUUAAGGAAUCUCUGAAUUUAAACUAAAUUUUGCAGAGAUUGUUCGUGGAAGAAGAAAGAAAGGUGCUAAAAGCCAAGAAAAAGCAGAGCGAAGGAGAUUAUACCAAGAGGGGUCUGAUGGUUCCUCAUCAGACAAGGUAAAACAAUCAUGUUCUAUAAUUAUUUUCCUAGUGUUACUGUUCAUGCACAUACAAGUCAUUUAUGUCUUCCUUGAUUAGUAGAGAAAAUAUUAUGUUUCUGGUAGCAAGUGAUAUUUGGGGAGUUUUGAAAUAUCAUGAGCUGAUGUUUAUCCUACAGUGCAAAUACGCUGAAGAAACCAUAUAUUUUGUGUAUACUACAUGUACAAAUCAAAUUAAAUGAGUUUUCUCUGUAUAUGACAUACACUUACUUGACACCAUUGUUGUCUUGAGUGAAUGAGAAAUCUUCCAAAAACAUGUAGUGGUGUUCCUGGCAGCCUUGUAAUUCAAAAUGCUGCAUCAAAAGAAACCACAUAGUUGCUAUCAGAGAAUUCCAUAACUGGCCCUCUAAGGAGCCCUUUGGACCACAACAUUUCUUCACCUUCAUUGGUUAGUGCCAGUGAUGCAUGGGGAUGUUUGUUGCAGCCCUCAUGAUGGAAGGGAGCUUUCCCUUUAUGUACUUUGUUGCUGUUAGCAAAUUCUCCGUCCUUAGUAACAGAAACACUGUUACUUGCUUGCAAGUGACUCUAGUAUUACCUGCAAACUGUCUGGCUCAUAGUCCAAAUCGUCCUUCUUUCUCACCUUGGUGAAAAACUUCUCCAGCUUCACAUCUAGUUGCUUGGAUUCUUAUCUCACACUAUCCUUACUGAAUCCUUUUUCUUCAGUUCAGGUUGUCCAAACUUUAAGGGAGACCUUUGUGCUUUUCUUAGUGUUGGCAUUUUUUGCUUGCAGUAUAAUUAUUGUUAUUCUACCACUAUAACCAAUCACAAGGUAAUGUUUCUUGAGUGUGUAUGUCCUUUGCAUCCUAUUGUGUGGUGGUCUGGUAGAUUCAACUUUUACCUUUACAACCUUAAUAUCAGUAUGCAUAUUCUCCCUGCUGUUCCCCAUACAUUUCCUAAGGUGCUGACAAGGGGAGUUUGUCUAACAACCAAGAGUUCUUUAAUCAGUGAUCAUUUCCUUUAUUCCCAUAAACUUAAUUUGUGAUUCAGGGGUGAUGUUGUAAAGAGAAAUUAGAUGCUGGUCACUCUUAGAGGUCAAAGGGCUGUAAACGUUUUUGGGUAAAUGUCAACCUUCAGAUUAUUGUCUCUGUAUGCAUGUACAUUGUAGACUGCACAGAGGUCAACAAAGAUUAACAUUCUUAACACAUGGUCCAUAAAAGCUUUGAAGACUCAGACACACAUGGGAAUCAUUGUGGAAGGACAGAGAAGGUUAGAAUGUCUAUUCACAAACUUAAUUCACCAUUAAACAUGCAGUUGUACAUGUAGCAAAGAUUACAGAUUGCUGUAAAAUUGUGGAAUAGCCUGGUUCCUAUCCAAACCAAGUAAAUUUUCCAAGUGGUAUCUCUUACACUUUUCAUCUGAGUUGUUUGAAUGUACAAUCAGUUUGAUUUACAUGUAUUAUUCAUGGAAGGUAGAGAAAGACAGUGUAUUAAGAUUUGUGGUUAAGAUACCCUGUAUUCCAAAAUUGUGGCACUCAAGGUGUAGAUAAAGGUUCAACUGCAUAUCUGUAUAAUCAGUUUUAAUCUGACUCAUUAAUGUACAAUGUGGUUAUGUGGUUUGAGGGAUUUAUAAGCUUGAAAGAAAACAUGAUCUGCAAAACCUAUACUUACUUGCGAGCACAGUAUCAUGCUGAUAGGGCAAAAACUAAAAUAAGACAUAAUUUUGUGAAAAGGCACUGCCAAAAUGAGAUGUCACUGACUUUCUCACUCAUUGUAACUGUACAAACCCACGGCAACUGGGAAUCAAUUUGUUUUAAGUAAUAAAAAGCAGAGUUUUGGUAAUGGUGACAUCAUCUGUGUCUGACCUCCAGUAGAUCGUACUGGAAAGUACUGAUUAAAAUGCAUGUUUAAUUUAGCUUAUUAUGUGGAACCAGCCACUGUAAUAAUAUUUGUUGUGAAACAAGAGCAACAGUGUUAUAUUUCAUUUACAGUGAGGAUCCAGUGGGUGAGUGGUGGCAUAGUACAGCGAUUGUAGAAAGAGUUAAUGCAAGAUGUGUACAGACUAAGAGUGGAUCUCAAUACAAGCUGCUUGGACCCAUUAAUGAACGAGUCACCCUUCAACAAGGUAAUUGUUGUCUUCUUCCUGUUGUUGUUGUUGUUGUUUUUUCUCUCUGUCCUAUUGCCAAUUUUUCAAUCAAAAACAAUGUGGGCCAUGUCACAGCACUUUUUGUACAGUUGAACUUGUGUUGUCUGACCCUUUGAAUUAUCCAAAUUUUGAUUAUCCAGCCUCAACUCUCUGGUCCCAUAUUUGAGAUCCAUAACAACUGGUCCCCAUCAAACAAAGCACAUUUAAUGAAACAAUGUGAGCUUCACAGAAUAAUAGAAUUAGUGAUACACACAUUGUAGUCUCUUGAAACAAACUGAUCUACUGUGUAGGUCAUCAUUUCGGGUUUUAAAACCUUGUUGGUGAGCUUAAUAAAUGUUAUAACUUUUUGAAAAUACUUUUGGCAAAUGCUAACAAUGAUGCACAACGAUUUAUAUGAUCUGUAUUCAGUUCAAUAAUAUUCAUAUUUCCAACUAUGUGGACUCUCAAAUAUUCUGACUAUUCAGCUUCAUGAGUCAGGAUGAUAGUGCUGCGACUGUAUAAUUUUAUAAUUGUAACCUAGAUCAAAUACAAUUUGCACAUAAAUUAACUUAGUCCUGUUUCUGGGAGAGACUUCAAUCAGUGUCUUGUCUUAUUCUUAGCAGGUCAGUUCGUCUGUGUACAUGUAUGUUGUGUUACCAAUAGUUUGUUUUUAAAUGGAUACAAUGUACCAUAUUUUCUAGUAGAAUGACUUUUUUAUUGUGUCCUAAAUUAGGACCUUUUUUUACUGGAAGAUACACUUGGCAUGUACAUGUACUUUAUAUCCUUUUUGAUUUCUUUCCAAUUUUGAGAUAUUUUUUUUAAAGGUCUGGUUUUUUAACUUGUCAAACUUUCAAAUGGCCUGAAAGAAAAUCUAAGAUGAGAAUUCAGAGCCAAUUUGCACUCAUUCUUUGAACGCAAAAAUCGACAGCUAAGUUUUUUGGUUCAUCUGUUUUUUUUCCCUUCAUUUUUUGUUUCUCUUCCUGGACUGAAUUAAACACAUCUCUGGCUAGUUGUGAAAUUAUAAUUAUGUGUUACAGUGUAUGUGCGCCUCUACUAGAAAAAAAAAAAGAAGCAUGCUAAAAAGUAACAGCUUCAGCUUUGUGAUUUGUUAACAUGAGACAAGGCUGAUUAUCAUAUAUUUUUCUUUUUUGGCAGGAUUCCCACCUGACUUUGUCAAAGCAUUUAAACAAGGCUUUCCUUCCAACUGGAUUUCUCUUGUGGCUGACUACUUCAACUCUCAAAGCAGGUUUGUGAGUGAUUCAAUUUAACCUUCUUCACCCAAACAUCAGUAUCCAUGUAUUUUCUAUACUCUUCUCUGAACAUUUCCUUUGGAUUUGUAGGUCGUUAUCAAUGGCUUCUUUUGUGGCCAAUUAUUUCCUUUAUUUUUGUAACCUUAAUGUUUGGUUCAGGGCUGAUAUUGUGAGGAGAAAUUAAAUGCUAGUCACUCAGGGUUAAGUCUUUCCAAAUACUUCUUUCUGAGACUCAAAUCACCCAUUUGGUAUGUCAGAAUUACAACUGGCAAGAAGUUAUUAUUGAAUGUUUGCGUCUAUUGUCAGAAUAUUGAAAUCAGAGGGAAAGGAAAGGAAAAGUAGAACUACAGUACCUGGAACUUUAACUUUAGACUUAAAAAUAAUUAUCCGGAAUAUGCAUAUAGAGAUCAGAUUCUGAAAAGUCUCUGAUUUUAUAUGAAAGGUGAAGGACGUUCACUUUGGAAAAUUGAAGGACAAUUGAAUACUACAGGCAAGAAUUGUAAUGGGUUUGUUGUGAAAGCAAAAUGGGUUUAAACAGUGUUUGACCACACUACGGUCUAAAAAUAUUGUUAAACUGGAAUGGAAGAUUAAAGAGUGCAGUUAAUCCGUUCAAACGACUCGGUUGUUUUCUUAUUUUUAUUUUCUGAACUUCUUAACUAUAGAGUAGUUUGUAUAUUUGUUAUGUGAUUUCAUUUACCUUAUCUAGUCUAAAAAGUGCGGCAAGCGAGAAAAAAAUAUCAAGGAAAAUAACGUUUUCAUUGUUACCCAUUUAAUCAAUGCAAGUGAGGAGGAGGAGAAGCAAACUCAAAAGCAUCUUGACAACAAGAAGAAGAGAGAAGACUUAAAAGAGGCAAAUCAUUCUUCUGUAACGACUCCAGCUGAAACCGGAGCUAAAAGGAGGAACACAGCCUCAGGUAUUCUGACUAAACGCAAAAAGUGCCGUGAUUUUUUAAACUUAGUUGUAGAUAUACUGUACAUUCAAGGUGCAUUACGCCAUCUGACACUUGAAAGGGCUUAGAGGCCCCUAAAAAGAAUUAAACAUUUACAAUUACAUAACGUUAUUCCUUUAUUUUGUAGCAUUGGAGACCCCAGAGAACAAACCACUUCCACAAGAGGUGGAAAUGAAGGUACGUAAAUGUAGUACUGAAUAUACUGUACACGUUUACAAAUCUGAGAUUGCUUCUCUUCUACCAAUAUAGAUUCUGAAGGGCAGUUAAUGAAAAUCAACGCUAUGAGUUUUGAUUACUUUACAUGGAGAAUAUCAAGUGGGCGCGCGUAGAUAUGGGACUUCUCGUCAAGUGUUCAACUCAAUAUCUCACGAGUGUAUGCAGCGAACGAGUGAGUAUCGAGUUUAACACUUGACGAGAAGUUCUAUAUCUAAAAGCUAUAAGGAAUAAUUUUUUCUAUGACAUAAACACCAUAGGCCUUUACUGACAAGAAAAAUUUGACCCUAUUAAUUGACUAAUGAUGAACGCCAUGCCAUUCAUUUAUCAACCUGUCAAAAUGGCGCGAAGGGCGAGUAGUGUGUCGGCAGCUGAUUGGCGAUACCAAACACACGUAAGAACCAUCGUUAUCUGACACGUAUUGCAGUUACGGCUUUUUUCAGGGCUGGAAAUCCACGUAAAACACCGCAGUUCAGGCGGUAAAUCAUAUGGUUUGUGGAGAAGUUGUCAUAUUUGACUGAACUUUGCAAUACAGAUGGAUCUCCAGCACACUCCAGAGCUUACGAUCCUCUCUCAGUCAUACACGCACUGAGUUCUUACAGAUUCCUGAUCUGUUCAACCUUGCAACCAUGAACGUCCUUACUUACGCACUGGCUCAUCCAAUCCGCUUCGGAGCCAUCUCCCAUGCCAGCUCAUGCAAGGAAUCUCCAGCUGACUCAACUGCUGAGUGCCACUGGGGUUGUCUGAGGGUUUAUCCCUUUGCUCAAUUGGAUUUUUUACCGCAGUCAUUUAAAAAAUAUUUUUAAUUUUUCACAGACAACAAGGAGUGGACGUAUGGUAAAGCCACCUUUAGCCUGGUGGCGAGGACAACGUAUCUUGACUGAUGGACAUCAUAACUUUGAGGGCAUUGAUCCAGGGUUAAAGGAACGUACUCCCCUUUCUUCCAUGUACAAAAUCAGCAUUAAAAUUCCCAUCACGGUAAUUCUUUUUCUUUUCUUUCAAGCAUGAAAUGUAAUCCAAAGUUAAGGGAGGUAAAGGAGAUAAGAAAAAUUCGUGUGAGGGAUCAUUAUUUUGGUCGUUUAUUUGCUCUAUUCAUUACACCGGCCAGAGUUAGUAUUUGUUUUGAACAUUUUUCUGUGAUUACUGCAAAUGUGACAAUUUUGCUCGUUGUUUUUACUACCUACUAUAGGUUUUUGGGCGCUAGGGGAAGAUCUCCAAGGGUUGAUAGAAACAGAGUACAAUCUGUUUUAAUUUUCAUUGCUUUGUAGAAGAAGGAGAAAGGGCAGGCUGUUUCUGGCAGUGAAAACAGUGAUACAUUGCCAAGAAGAAGAAGGAAAGGAAAAACAACACAGAAUAAAAACAAGUCUAGCAGCAGCACUGAGAGCGAUAGUAAUGAGAAUUUAAAAAGGCCUUUGUGCUUCUCGCCAAAGAAAACAGCUCACAAAAAUCAAACUCUGGAGAAUACAAGCCCCCAAAAGUUACCUCAACGGAAGUCGUUGAACGCAAGUAAGAAUGGAAGUCAAGAACGUAGUGGCGCAAAUAGUGCUCUUGAUGGUUCAGAACGUAAGGAUAGAACGAGCAAACCGUCAGUUCGAGAGCAUGAAAUGCUCGGUGGAGAUGUACUUCAAGCCCCAGUCAUGACACCAAAGAAAAACACGACUAAAAAUGCGCUUGCGAGUGUGGAUCGAAACAAUCAAAAGGGCGAGAAGAAGAGCAAUAAUGAAAAGUUACCAACAGGCAGCGAGAGUCAGAAGACUCUUUCACCAUUUAAGCGUGUUUUAAGAUCUCAGAGAAGUACAGCCAGUGACUUGACGACAAAUGCAAACUCUUACAAGUUGUCUGAUGCUGAUUCCGAGGAUUCCCAGAUAGACACUUACCCGAAGAGGAACCCGAAGAAAAACACUUCAAAUAUUACGAACUUGAAGACUUCAGAGAGUGAAGUAAUAGUGUCCUCUUCCGAGGAGAGAUCAGAUAAUGCUACAAAGAAAGGAAGAAUAGUCAAUGCGAAUUCUAACAAUAAAAACGGCGGGAAACGACUGAUGCAUAAAAGAUUUGAAAAGUUUGUUAGAGAGACAAGCACCCAAUCGUCAGAGGAAGAAAAUGACCGAGCUUUCCAAAAGCAACCAGAGAAAGAGGAGGUUCGUCUGAGAAGUUCAAUAUCCCGUAAAGCAAAGACACAAACUCUCUCUACAUUGGAGAAAGACAAAAAAGUUGAAACUGGCUUCAAAAGAAAAGGAAAAACUCAAUCUGGUAGUGAAAAGGUUUCAGGCAAGAAAAAGGUAUUGAAAGUUUCCCGUCAGACGGCAAACAAAGACAGCAGAAGGAGAAGUAAUGAACUGCCUGAUGAAACACCAUUGACCGAUGAAGAGAUCCAAACGAUGAAAGGCAAAUUGGAGAACGACAAAAGGGUGGAAACUGGCUCCAAAAGAAAAGGAAAAACUCAAUCUGAUAUCGAACAGGUUUUUGGCAAGAAGCAAGCAUUGGUAAUUUCCAGACAGGUAGCAAACAAAAACCUCAAAAGGAGAAGCAUUGAACUGUCCGAUGAAACUCCUUCAACUGAUGUAGAACUCAAAAAGCUGAUUGGUACAUCGAACAAAGACAAUAGUGUUGAAACUGGCUCCAAAAGAAAAGAAAAACCCCAAUCUGAGAGUGAAACGGUUUCAUUCAAGGAGCAAACAUUGAAAGUUUCCAGACAGACAGCAAACAAAGACAGCAGAAGGGGAAAUGAUGAACUGUUUGAUGAAGCUUCUUGGACCGAUGAAGAGAUCAAAAAGCUUAAUGAGUAUGUGACAGAAAAACUAAAAGUUUAAAUAUAAAUGUAACCUUUAGCUUAUUUAAUAUUUUUAGGAUCCAAAGUUUGUUUAACGUAAGCUAAAGAUGGUACAACUCUUUAGCAUUCACCCACCAAAAGUUAGUGGUAAUCCUUUUGGGGGAAGAUACAUAACUGUCUCAUUGCUUGAACACCAUUACCAAAUCGUCAAGGGCACUUUCUUACUGAGUGUCGUAUAACCAAAACCAUGCUUGUCACAAUAGCCAAUCAGAACCAAGGAAAAUAGUCAAAGGAGCCAAUGAGAAUUCAAAAUAAAAAUAAGCAAACUAGCUGAUGCGCGGGAAUUCGCAAGUGAUUAAGUCGUGAUUGGUUCAGUGUUAAAUCUAGUUAUAAUGCAAAAUAAAUGUAAUCGCGGAUUAUUUUCGAUACUCGACUGAAAAUUUCUUCCAAAGCUUGGUUAGACCUCUUUUUUUUCUAUUUUCGUAAUGGUUCCUCUAAUGUUUUACUCAGAGCGCUGCACUCCAUACCUGGUAAUACACCUAUGUUUUGGCAAAAGAUCUCCAGGAAAGUAGGAACACGGACUGCACAGGAGUGUCAGUCCCAUCACCAGGGGCAGGUUCUCGUCUCCAAAAAGAAUAAUCCAGCAGCUAAAAAAGGCUCAGCAAAGACGAAGGAUCCAGGGCAGAAAGGUAAGAGUAGAAUAUUAGGAUUGUUACAAUAGCACCAAUGGGAUGCCAUAUUUAAUGUUAUAAUGUCCAAAGGUAACUAGAAUCUCUAUACUCAAUUUCCGAAAUAUUUAAGAAUCGAUUCUCUGGUCGAGUUUCGCGACAUUCGAGGCCGUAUUUGAAAUUAUCGAGGGCUUUAGAUAGUCAUUCAAAAUUUCAGGAAUAAUCUUAACUCGAUUCCAUGAAAUCGAAGAUCGUAGCUUGAAACUCAGCCUCGAAAUUUUAUUCUGGAUUCUCAAAUACCAAAAAUUUCUCUUAUGUUGGGAGCAAGGCGAAUUAAUGGCGAUGUCAUCAUUAAUCUUCAUCCUUAAUCAUCAUCAGUUAAGAUAGCGGGAAAGCGCCCUAUGCGGCAAAAUUUUACCUUGGUGUUUCUUGGGCAGAUGAAUCCAUUUUUUAUUUUUUUGUGUGUGUCUUGAGAAUAUUAGACAUGAACUGCUGAAAGUACUAUCUCGCCAAAAAGUGUAUUUAAUUUUUCUUCUCCUUAUUUCUUUAAUUGUUUUGCUGUAGGGUUAGCCGCCUCCCACCAGAAUGUGAAGACAGUCACCGGUGGGGUGGGCACCAUCAAGCGAAAGCGAGAGCUUCGAGAGUUACUUGAGCAACAGGAUGUAGACUACGAGGAUGAUAUCUUUGACUCAACUCCAUUUAAAAGAAAGAAAGAUCUGAAGGUACGCCUUACGUACGCCGUGGACUACUUAACCAUUAUUUGCAUCCACAGUUCAGUAAGAUUUCUUUCACCACAAUCUUUAUUAACUGUAUUGUGUAUCAUGUCUCUCGUCAGCUCCCGUUCAAUCUGAGCUCUAAUGGCAGCGAUGAAGAAAACAAUGAUGGUGAUGAUGCGAGUGACACAGAGCAUAGUACCUCAUAUGUGACACCCAGUAGUCGCACACCCAGUAGCCGGUUCCGCCCUUUGGGUCCUUUGUCGAUAUCGUCCACUCCUGGAGCAGAGUAUGUCAGUCCCAGUCUCUUGCAGCAAGUCAACAGGUCAAAAUUAUGACACUUCUUUUGGUGCAUCUUGUAGUUGACUACAAUACCCCAAACCAAAUCCAAUGGAAUCAUAACAGUAAAUCAGAGAAAUGGUUAAGAUCACGAAGAGCCAAUGAGAGCUCGAAGUUCAUCGAUUAAAGCUGCCUUAAUCAAAUAGUGGCAAAACUUCUGUAUUUGAUUGGGCAGUUGGGAACUUGCAAGCAAAACAUUUUCUUUAGACAUUAAAAUCUAAUUGACAAAUUAAAAUUCUUACGCUUUAAACAGACGGCUUUUGCGAGGUUCUUUCCUAACUUUUUACCUUGUCUUGUUCCUUACGUUGAUCAUGACUGUAGAAAGGCAGGGAAUUGUUAAUCUUGCAACUCCUAGAGGUGAUAAACGAGUAGCUUCCCUUCGCAGUGUCAAUAAGUUGUCUAGCAAAGAUAUGAUGAGAAGAGAUACACUCAUCAACUGGAGGUUGUUAUCUAGAUAUGAUAUCAUAUCCUCCUAGAUGUUAGUAGAAGACAGUAGAAUUUAGCAACCUUUUAUCUCACUCGCGACGGUGUUGUUAAAUGUAUAUGUGCUUCGAUUUGUUGUAGGAAAGACAUGGAUCACUACAUUUACAGAAUGCAGCAAGGAAAGCGAGGGACACAAGCAUCUGGAAAACAGAAGUCAAAGGUGCAAUUUACAGCUCCAAAUCGAAAAUUUAUGUAACUUUAUCCCUCCCCGAUCACGCUAGAUUCCAUCGGGAUCUAGCUUGGAUACCUUUCAGUUCAAGCCGGUUUACGUGUACGGUUACAAUUACAAAAAGAAAAAACAAACAAACAAAAAAACAAAAAAUAAAUAAAACAGAACAGAAUAUUUGUUUGUAGAGGUGACCAAGAUUCCUCUUUUUUUUUCUUUACAGCUGAUAAGGACAUCUACCCCCAAUAAACAAUUAAAAAGAAGCAAUUUCCCUGUAAUAGCCGGGUUAGACUUGUUUGAAGCACAUCCUGCAUCAGAUCAAGAAUCCGACGACGGAUCCCAAGACGAGUACUUCUCCGACGAAUAACAGAUGAACGCACAGUGAUAGUUACAUACAGACGACUGUCGUCUUGAGUCGAGGAAGUUACAGUGCUUGCUCAUGGGUGCAAUAGACAACUAUCUAAAAAAACGUGAUAUCGAAAGCAGUUUUAUGCUGUAGUUAUAAAGAAGAACAAGAGAGCCAUCUUAGUUAAAGUAAUUGAGCUGAAAUGACGUUUUAACUCCUAAAACCCGAUUCUUAUCUACCCCUCGGCAUAUUUAGUGCUACAGUAGUUUGUUGUUGUUGUACCAUGAAAACUCCUUCAAGCUUUUACAUUAGUCUCUUCUAAUCUCGUCGUUUUUCUAAUCAUGUUUUUUACAUUGUAAGAAAAAGUUACAUUUUACAUGAGUCAUGUCUUGGAGUUACGGAUCGUGUUACUCAAAACCAAGUUAUGAAGGGAAACAAUUCAUCGCUGAGAAGAUUUAGAAUUAUUACUGCCUAAAUCAUGUCGCUAAAGAUGCAGUUUCUAGUGACGCUGCGGAUUAUUCUUAAAAAGUUUUAAACUAACUAAGUUGGAGUACAUUCUAUUUAAAAUCCCAGACGCUUAAGUUGGGACACUUGCAGGGCCAAUCCCUUGUUUGCCGCCGAAAUACUGAGUACAAAAAGGAGGGGAUCUGAUCAUGUCUGACAGUAUAGUUCAUUUAUUCCAAGAGCAACGGUUGAAUAAACUCAUUUAACUACU